AUGGAAGGGAACCGAGACGAGGCUGAAAAAUGUAUCAACAUUGCUUCGAGAGCCAUGGUGGUGGGGGACAAGGAGAAAGCUCUCAAGUUCCUCCAUAAAGCAGAGAAGCUCUUCCCUACACAGAGAGCCAAAGCCUUAUUGGAAGCACUCACCAAAAACGGCAGCUCCGCAGCUAACGGCGCUCAUCGUAGACGAACGACGAACGAUAGCGGCGGGCAGGCGGCGGGUGAUCGUGCGGAGUCGACGGGAGCCGAAACCUCCAAAGUCUUCACGCAAGACCAGGUGGAAGGCGUGCAAAGAAUAAAGCGCUGCAAAGACUACUACGAAGUGCUCGGCGUCAACAAAGAAGCAAGCGACGAUGAAUUGAAGAAAGCGUACAGGAAACUGGCGCUUAAGUUCCACCCGGAUAAGAACCACGCUCCAGGAGCGACGGACGCAUUUAAAAAGAUUGGUAACGCGUAUGCGGUGCUGAGCAACCCGGCGAAACGAAGGCAGUAUGACCUCACGGGAGGCGAGGAGCCCAGCGGAAUGCCAGGUCACGGGCACAGCGGAGGCAACGGGUUUGACUUCCACAGAGGGUUCGAGGCUGAUAUCACGCCGGAAGACCUCUUCAAUAUGUUCUUUGGAGGAGGCUUCCCUUCCUCAAGUCCACAAUCGUUCGCCAACGGCAGGACGAGCUACAGCCAUCACGCCGAUUACCGACAAGAGCGCACAGAAGAAAGAGGCGAUGGUGGUUUCUCCAUGUUUAUUCAACUGAUGCCCAUCGUAGUCCUCAUCUUGGUGUCCAUACUGAGCCAGAUGAUGGUUUCGCCGCCACCCUACAGCCUCUACUCGCGACCGUCCACGGGUCAGACGGUGAAGCGGCAGACGGAAAACCUGCGCGUGGACUACUACGUCAGCAGGGACUUCAAGUCGGAGUACAAGGGGGUGGCGCUGCAGCAGAUCGAGAAGAACGUGGAGGAAGAUUACGUGGUCAACGUUAAGAAUAACUGCUGGAAAGAGAGACAGACUAAAACGGACCUGCUAUACGCCGCUAAGGUGUACCGGGACGAGCGCAGGCGCAAGAAGGCCGAGCUCAUGACCAUGGAAAACUGCAAGGAGCUGGACAGACUGACAAACCUCUUUCGAGGCGGAUGA